UAAAAUGAGAAACAUAAAGGAUCUUAUUUAUUUAUUGAUCGAUACAAAAAUAUCUAAGUUAACUUGUUUUAUGUGUUUCAAGCAAUGUGAGGAAAUGAUGGAUAUUUAUGAUCGUAUUCAUAUUGAGAGUGAAUGGUUUUCUACUACAUUGAGUAUAAAAGCUAUGUCAGAAUACAUUUUUCCAUUGCAAAAUGUAAUUCUCACACAAGCAUGUGAUGGCUGCGUAGAUAUGCUUAUAAGUACUUACAUUAGAAUAAGAAGAAAAGAAUACAUGGAAAAAUACCUAAAACUUAUAACUAUUAAGAUCAAUGAACAAUUAAGUAAGCCUCUAAUUUCCAAUCAAAAAUUAUAUAUUGCGACAGAUUUGACAAACAACUCAAAAGUUAAAUGUAAUGAAGAUUCUGUAAAUAAUGAUAUUGGCCAAGAUUUUGAGGAAUCAAAUGAAAUUGAAAAAGAAGAAUGUUGCCCUAUCUGUUAUAAAUCUUUACUUAAAAAGAAAUUAAAAGCUCACAUGCGGCUACACAAGCAUAGGAAACGGAAGACUUAUAGUUGUGAUGUAUGUGAUUAUAAAACUAAAUGUAGAACAACAUUGGAGGGCCAUAAAAAUAAUAAACACUAUCAAAAACGACCUCACAAAUGUGGUACUUGUGAAAAAAGUUUUUACACAAAAAGUGCCCUAGCCGAACAUAUAAAAACACACAAACAAACAAAAGAUAUUAUUUGUGAGAUCUGUGGAGAUAGUUUUUAUCAUAGAAAAAGUUUAAAAGACCAUUUAAAACUGCAUUCAGAUGAUAAAACAUUUGAAUGUCAUGUCUGUAACCAUAGAUUUGUAAAUCUUAGUAGAGUUAAUAAUCAUAUGAAACAGAAACAUGGCGAGAAGAAAGAAUUCUGUGUUGUCUGUGGCAAGAGGUUUGUGUUUAAAAAAGAUAUGAGAAGGCACUUGAAGUUGGUGCAUAAACAAGAGGAUUUAAAUUUUGAAAUUCAAGAUACUGUGUUUAAUAAAAAUAUUUAAAAAAUA